CACCGGCAUCAUCGCUGCUUCAGCCAGGGACAGCAGGCGGCGUGUUUAGGUAAAGCGAUUCUCAGCCAAAGCCGUGCCAGAUCCCUUUAGAUAACCGCUGAUAAUAACGAGUUGCGCUUUCAGAAAUGACUGCGCCACGGAGAUGGACUAAAUCUGCUCUGCUCUGCUCCUGCGUUGCGUUCACGGCACGGCAGAACUUCACGUUAAACUCGCUUUGUUUAUGAACCCGAGCUAGACGUUAGCCGGUUCAGCGUUAUGGCUUGAGCUUUGCACCAUUUUUAAUGCUUCCUCACGAAGAAAUCUCUCAGAGUGCUGUGAAGACAAGCGCCUGUCUCUUAUGUCUCUGUCACCCUAACUAUGCUGCUCCUGGUGGCGCUGGGCGCAGUGAUUUCCUCUGUCGCGGUCAGCAUUGUGAAGGCGGAGAUCGGCAACCACAAACCAGCUUCUCCCCUGCUCAACUACAGCAGGAUCUCCUUGCCGCCGGAACACAUACCCUAUUUACUCAGCAACAACAAGAAGGUUGCCAAGUUAUGUCGCCAGGACCCACUCUGCCCUUUUAAAGAUGCUUUGCAGAAUCUGCCAGUCUGCUGGGGCUACGAGAGAAACUGCGAGGCAGAGAAACGCUUCAGUUAUCCUGUCUGUACCAAGGCUAACUCCGGAUGGGCCCAUUCGCUGGAUGCAGCCCAGGAGCUUUUUUGGAAGCAGGCGGAUUUUGGCUACGUCAAAGAGCGGCGCUCUGAACUCAAAACACUCUGCAAGGCCAGCGAGCUGGGGGACUCAUCAUUAAGAUGCAGCAGCCAUGCAAGAUUCUGCAGGGCAACUAAUCUUUACCUGGAUUUGCGAAACCCACGUAGAAGUCAUGAGAGGUACGACGAGGACUUUAUUCAUACGGGGGAGAUUGGUGGACGCUGCCAGCUAAAUAAGCGCGCUCUGGCUGCUGAAGGAGAUCACAAGAGUCCUUUGCAGUCUUGGUACGCCGAACUACAAACAUACUCAGAACUGAACUUCCAUCCCAUAGAGGAUGGACACUGUGACGUCAUUAUUGAAAAACCAACAGUUUUCAUGAAACUUGAUGCUGGGGUGAACAUGUACCACCAUUUCUGUGACUUUGUCAACCUCUACAUCUCUCAGCACAUCAACAACUCCUUUAGCUCAGAUAUCAACAUUGUCAUGUGGGACACGAGUUAUUAUGGCUAUGGUGAUCUGUUCAGUGAAACAUGGAGGGCCUUCACAGAGUAUGACAUCAUCCACCUGAAGACCUAUGACUCAAAAAGAGUGUGUUUUAAAGACUCCUUCUUCUCCCUUCUUCCGAGAAUGCGAUAUGGUCUCUUCUACAACACGCCUCUCGUGACCGACUGCCACUCUGAAGGGAUGUUUAGGGCGUUCUCUCAGCACGUCCUGCAUCGCCUUAACAUCCCGCAGAUGGGACCAAAGGAGGGGCGUGUCCGUGUCACCCUGCUGGCGCGCAGCACAGAAUACAGACGCAUCCGAAACCAAGUGGAACUGGUAAAUGCCCUCAAGACUGUGCCUCUGCUGGAGGUCAGCGUGGUGGACUACAAAUACAAGGACGUUCCCUUCCUGGAGCAGCUGAGAAUCACCCACAACUCGGACAUCUUUAUUGGCAUGCAUGGCGCCGGGCUCACGCACCUCCUCUUCCUCCCCGACUGGGCCACCGUCUUUGAGCUGUACAACUGUCAGGACGAGAGCUGCUAUCGAGAUUUGGCUCGCCUGCGGGGUAUUCGAUACGUGACUUGGCAGAAAUCGGACAAAGUGCUCCCCCAGGACAAGGGCCAUCAUCCUACACUCGGGGACCACCCUAAGUUUACCAACUACUCCUUUGAUGUGGGGGAGUUUAUGCGUAUUGUGCUGGAGGCAGCUGAUUAUGUCACGCAGCAUCCCAAAUGGCGGCGCAGUAUCCGUCACGAUGAACUCUGAAGUGUCUCCGAGCUUUGGGGGAGGCGGCGGCACAGACACCUGCAACUGGAAUGGUAAAGAGAGCAAGGGAGAUUAAAAGUUACCUCACUGACCGGUAAAUCUCCGUCACCUCUGCUCGGCCGCUCUGGUUGAUCCUGACGAAAGAAAGCUGACGUCUGAGAAGCUUUUACUAGUCUUAUUAGUGUCAGAUCAGUUAAAGGGUGCGUGCCGGCGAAGCAGCUGGAGAGCAAUAAGACGUCUCCCAUGUUUCUUCAUUACCUCCGCAGCAGCCACUUCAUUCCAUGUCGUCGAAGUUGGUAAAUGAGCAGCUGUUUCGGCACACCUUCACAUGCGACAUCCCGUCCCAUUCGAUCAGCGUCACGCUGACGGGAGCCUCCCGAGAGCUGCUGACAAUCACGGUACAGUUUGUGAGCGCAGCCAGCGUAAACCAGCCGAGUGUCAAGGGUAGGUUCGUCAGAGCUGCAUCUGUACGCGUAGAGUGAACCGCUUCCCCCCCGCAGUAACUUUAAGUUUUUAACCACACAGUUAUAGUGCAAAAACACCCCACGAAAAAAAAAAACACAUAACACUUCAGGUAUGUUUUCACAUGCAGGGCCUUGUGAAAGUGUUCACACCCCUUGAAGAUUUCCACAUUUUGUCACGUCACAACUACGAAUGGGUAUCGUUAAGGAUUUAUCAACACUACUGCUCUAAACGAUACUCCUUAUCCAUCCGCUAUUUUAUCAGUACCAUUGUCGAUACUUAUUUUUUUCAAUCAAACAAAAGGGUGAAGAAACAAAUAAUGACUGGUUUAUUCUUGGAAUUUGGAACAAAAGCAAACAAAAUAAAAGUACAAAGUAAAUAUUUUAUAGAAACAGAGCAAUAAAAAACAUCAUAUAACGAGCUUUAUAUAUAGACAAAAGGCUAAAACACUAUAUCUUGAAUACAAAUUAUGUUGUAGGAGAGAGCAAAAGCAACACUGACAAGACAGAAAAUGAUUAAAAACACUAAAUAUGCUCAAAACAAACAAACAAACAAAAAGAACUAGUAUUAAAGUAUUAAACAACAUUUUACAUGAAUCCAAACUACAUUUAUACAUACUUUAUUUUAUCACUUUUAACCAAAAUAUAGCAGAGGCACCCACAGUGGAUGAGGUGAAUAAAUGAGUUACAGGGAGGGAUCUGUUUAAGUGCAGCAGUCUCCAGAGUCUCAUUGCCCAUUAAAGAUUAUGUUUAUAAUAUAUUUACAUCCCGCUUUGUAAUCUAGUGGAAGCUUUGCUCAUGCGUGACUCAUUUUCAAUGAGGAAACAGACGAGUCGGUCUCGUCUCUCUGACUUCAGCACGGUGAUGCUGACUGACUGACUGACCGGCUGUCAGAUGGGGAGGGGCUCACAGCUGCACACGUUUGCUGAAGAGACGGUAAACUCAGAGCGAUCAGUGCUCUUACUUGUUGCCAAAGUUUUAAACAACACAGAA